UUACAUAGCCUCCUUUCUACUUUUUUUUUUCUAAUCCAUUUUCCGCAUUACUGGAAACAAGGAAGCUCUCCAAGCCCUUAGAAGUUGAAUGGAAAAUAACAGCAGCUAUAAGGAAAUGCCAAGGGCGGAGGAAGCCAUUGCUGGAAACAAGGAAGCUCUCCAAGCCCUUAGAGAACUCAUCAUCUACCCGCAUCUCUAUUAUCGCGAAGCACGGGAACUUGGUCACAAGUGGCCUCGAGGUUUGCUGCUUUAUGGACCCCCUGGCACCGGAAAGACGAGUUUGGUUCGAGCAGUUGUUGAGGAAUGUGGUGCCCAUCUCACUGUCAUUAGUCCCCACACUGUUCACACGGCAUAUGCUGGGGAAGGUGAGAGAAUUCUUCGAGAGGCUUUUGCAGAGGCGUCAUCUCAUACGAAGUUGGGCAUUCCAUCAGUUAUCUUCUUCGACGAAAUCGAUGCACUUUGUCCACGUCGUGAUUCCAGAAGAGAACAAGAAGUUCGCUUGACCUCACAACUCUUUAUGCUGAUGGAUUCAAAAAAAAUCGCAUCAAAAUCAAUACCCCAAGUAGUUGUAGUUGCAUCUACUAACAGAGUGGAUGCAAUUGAUCCUGCGCUGAGAAGGUCAGGCCGUUUUGAUGCUGAGAUUGAAGUUACAACACCUAAUGAAGAGGAGCGCUUUCAGAUACUCAAGCUAUACACAAAGAAGCUGACUUUGGAUUCACGUAUAGAUUUGCGAGCCACAGCUGCAUCUUGCAAUGGCUACGUUGGAGCAGAUUUAGAAGAUUUAUCUCGUGAAGCAGCCAUGUCUGCUUCCAGGAAAUCUGAAGAAACAUUAUUAUGUAGCCUAACCAAGGAGGACUGGAAUCACGCAACAUCUGUCGUUGGUCCGAGUAUAACAAGGGGCCUAACUGUCGAAAUUCCAAAAGUUUCUUGGGAAGAUAUCGGAGGACUAAAAGAUUUAAAGAAAAAGCUCCAACAAGCUGUUGAAUGGCCUCUCAAACAUUCAGCUGCCUUUUCUAGGCUGGGAGUGUCGCCCAUUCGUGGCAUCCUUCUUCAUGGACCUCCCGGUUGCUCCAAAACCACUCUUGCCAAAGCUGCGGCUAAUGCAGCCCAGGCUUCUUUCUUUUCUUUGAGUGGUGCAGAACUAUAUUCCAUGUACGUUGGAGAAGGUGAAGCAUUGUUGCGUAAUACAUUUAGGAGAGCUCGGUUAGCCUCGCCAAGCAUUAUAUUCUUUGACGAGGCAGAUGUCGUUGCUGCAAAAAGGGGAGGAAAAUCAAGCAGUAAUAUUGCUGUAGGAGAGAGGCUUCUAUCUACUUUGUUGACUGAAAUGGAUGGUCUUGAGAAUGCUAAUGGAAUUCUCGUUUUGGCUGCUACGAAUCGCCCCCAUGCUAUCGACGCCGCUUUGAUGAGACCGGGUCGGUUUGAUCUAGUUAUUUAUGUUCCACCACCGGAUCUAGAGUCUCGUUUGGAGAUACUAACUCUACAUACUCGUAAAAUGAAAUUGGAAUCCGAUGUGGAUCUUAGAAGUAUAGCGAAAGAAACUGAAUUUUUUACUGGAGCUGAUCUUGAAGGACUAUGUCUGGAAGUUGGAAUUGUAGCUUUACGAGAAGAUAUAUCUUCAACCAUAGUUUCUAACCGUCAUUUUAAGACUGUUAUGAUGUCGAGAAAACCAACCCUUACUAGGGAAGUUGUAGAUGCGUCUUCCUCAUUUAUGAAGAAGAAAAAUUAUUCUCAAAAGGCUUCAGGAUCGACAAAUUGGAGCGUAGAGCAGAACAAGCCUAGUAGAAGUUUUUCCGCAUACCAAACAGCCUCCUCCGUCUUCUUUGGUGUUGCAAGUUUUGGUUUACUUGUUGGCAUUCAGUAUUUUUAUAAGAACAUUACUAGUUCCAAGAACAUGAUGGCAACCACCUGAAAUGAUUUUAUUUGAUUUGUUUUUGUUUCAGUCUUUCAAUAUUCAUUUAUUUUUU